GGAGAAAAGGUGAGAGGCUACAUAGGACGCGCGGCGGAAGGCUUAACACAGCCAUCAUUCCCCUCCGCCACCAUCCCGACCCUCCUCACCCAGCCAACCGAACUGCCCACAUCCGCCACCCCCAACCCCUCAUAAUCCUCAAAGGUUAUGCCUGCCAAUCGGAGACAGUAUGUUCCAUCCUCGUAAUAAUUCCUUCUUUCUCGCCUUGCUCUUUGCUAAUGUUUUACGGAACGUACCCAGCCCUGCCUCUCCUGCCGUCUCUAAGGGCAAGGAUAAAAUGCCGCGUGGACGUACACGGACAAAGCAACAGCUUGCUCCUCCCGAGCGGGCACAAAAGCUCAAUACUACGCGCCGCAAUUCCGAUGCCAUCGCCAUUUCGACGCACGAGAGCGACAACAAUUCCGACGAGGAACCUAAGCCUCCCAAACGUAAGGCCCCCCCAAAUACUCUUGUCGCGGUGGAGACAGUCAUGAUCUAACGAUGCGGUGCACCUAAGGUCGCCGUCGCAACGAAAGUCUCCAGGCUUGCAGGUAUCGCAAAUCCGCUACCAGGGCUAGACUCCCGCCCCACAAAUGUAAGUAUUUCGGUCGGUUUAUCACCCUUUCCGACUUCAGCCAACCUAACGGCAGAACCAUUUAGUGCCCCCUCUCCACGCCCGCCGCCACGCCAUCAACAAGAAAGUGGAUCGCUUAACCCGCCAGCUCCAGGAUGCCGACAGGCGCGACCGCAGCGCCAAAGAUGUGAGCAAAUGGUGCACCGAGCGUAGCGAUGCAAGUGCUGCCGUCACCAAAUUCAUUGCAAGAUACUACCUGGACAUGAAUCUGAUCACCUCGCCCGCACGACUCAAAUUUGCCGAGGCUUGUGUUAACUGCCUCAAACCAUACUGUGGCAAUCGGCCUACGUUUGAUGUUUGCGAUGCCAUGUGGCGCAUGCUUCGGGCUUUGGAGUUAGACUUGGAGACGGCCAAGGGGUGCGGUAUCGACACCCUGUUUAAGGACUGGCACAACAAGAAUAUUUAUUGCCAGCAUGUGCGGAAAAUCGCGAUGCAGGUAGAGAAGCGUCUCAUGGAUAUGCGUUGUGUGAUAAUAGGAGAGGGGGGAAAUUAGAGGAAGAGAUGGGUGUGGAUUGUCAAUCACUUGCUGGAACAUUUUAAGGAGUUUUACCAAACUCCGUACCACAAUGCUGUAUACAAACGAAUUGCUUUAUGCUAUACAUCAAUUCUUACAAUUCAAGUGGCCAUUUUCCGAGCUAAUUUUCUCCUCCCAAA